CGCGCGCUUCACAACAGCAGCUCGUGCUCCAGCGUUCCGGUCUUUUCUUCUGCGGAGAGUGAAGCAACGGCGCGUCCCCCACCUGAGAGACGCAUCUCCGUCCACAAGUUGCCAUUAACGAAGCACUUUAUUUAAUCGAGAUUAAUUAAAACAAGUGAUUCAGCCUAUCUGAAAGUUACUAUUUACUUAGCCUAGUGGCUACACUAAACUUAACUGGGGUUUGCAUGAUUUAAUAGAUAGAGGGCACAGGCUGCUUCUGGAGGCACUUUAACUUAAGUUGGGUCCCGAGAUGUUAGAGAAGCGCUUUUCCAGAUGGGUUUUCUCCAGCUUUUGUUAGCACGCUCACUUCCCGCGCUUCGCUCUCUCUGUAAACACCGCUUCGUCACACCGGACUCUGUGCUGUUCAUCAUUACACCGCUGGAAGUCGCCGCUGCAAGCCCCCUGGCAGCCAGGGUCAAAGUAAUACGCCCGAAAACGUAUAUGGAAAAAUAUUUCUGACGAGUCCGCGUGAGAGAGAGCAAGCCAAGCCGUUUCUAACGCGAAGCUGUGUCACUGAGGCGAAGCGGCCGCAGCUCCUGUUGACCACCAGAUGGCGGUAGAGAGCUCGAGCGCCCUUUAACCCUUGCCUUGCGGUGAGGGGCUCUGGAAGAGCGGCCAAGGAGCGCGGCGGAGAAGAGCUGAGAACUUCUCAGACCUCCUUCCAGCAUCUCCGCGGCGGCGAACGCAGCAAGGAGAAAAGCAGGAGACGCGCGCGCAGUCGCGAGGCGGACGCUGUAAGCCACUGGUAGCCAGCCCACGCGUGGACUCGGGUGGAUGUGGGAGGAAUGUCCGGGACACGGGCAGCGGGAGCUCUCCUCAGCGCUCACAUGAGCCUGGUGCACAUCCUCGUCCUGGGGCGCGUCGUCGGCGGGAUGCGCGCGGCCGCCGGUACAGAUGUUCCUCACAACCCUAGUGCCAUGGCCACUGCGUCGUGGAACAUCUCCAGCGAACCAGAGAAAGGCCACUUCCUGAGGUUGGACUCCCCACUGAACAACAUCACCACCUCUUUAGGCCAGACUGCGGAGCUGCACUGUCGUGUGUCGGGUCAUCCGGCCCCCGCCAUCCGCUGGCUGAAGAACGAUGCCCCUGUGGUGCAGGAGCCCCGGCGCGUGGCUUACCGGCCCACGGACUAUGGCUCGCGGCUCCGUAUCCGCAACCUGGACACCACAGACACAGGCUACUUCCAGUGCGUGGCCACCAACAGCUUUGGCACCGUCUCCUCCACUGGCAUCCUCUUCGUCAAGUUCGACCCUCACCCGACGCCGAUCGCCGGAAGGCCCUCUCCGGAUGAGUAUGACGAGGAGGGAUUCUGCCAGCCGUACCGCGGCAUUGCGUGCGCCCGCUUCAUCGGCAACCGCAGCAUCUUCGUGGACUCCCUGCAGAUGCAGGGGGAGAUCGAGACGCAGAUCACAGCUGCCUUCACCAUGAUCGGCACCCUGAACCACCUGUCAGACCGCUGCUCCCAGUUCGCCAUCCCCUCCCUGUGUCACUUCGCCUUCCCGGCCUGCGACCGGAGCUCGGGCGUCGACAAGCCCCGCGACCUGUGCAAGGACGAGUGCGAAAUCCUGGAGAACGACCUGUGCAAGACGGAGUACAUCAUUGCCCGCUCGAACCCGGUCAUCCUCAAGCGCCUCAAGCUGCCUAACUGCGAAGAGUUGGCCCCCUCCGACAGUCCCGAGGCGGCCAACUGCAUGAGGAUCGGCAUCCCCAUGGCUGAGCGCAUCAACAAGAACCACAAGUGCUUCAACGGCAGCGGUGUGGAUUACCGGGGUACGGUCAGCGUGACCAAGUCGGGCCGUCAGUGCCAGCCGUGGAACUCGCAGUACCCGCACGGCCACGCGUUCUUGGCCGUGCACUACCCCGAGCUGAACGGGGGGCACUCCUACUGCCGCAACCCUGGCAGCAAGCAGGAGGCGCCCUGGUGUUUCACCCUGGACGAGGCCGUGGUCAUGGAGCUGUGCGACAUCCCCGUCUGUGACUCCAAGGAGAACCGGGGCAGUGGGGGCAACUUGGAGAUCCUGUACAUCCUGGUGCCCAGCGUGGCCAUCCCUCUGGCCAUCGCCCUGCUCUUCUUCUUCAUCUGCGUGUGCCGGAACAACCAUAAGGCUUCGCGCCCGCCGGCCGCCCGGCAGCCCAAGCCCGUCCGGGGCCAGAACGUCGAGAUGUCCAUGUUCAGCGGCUACAAGCCCAAGAGCAAAGCCAAAGAGCUGCCUCUGUCUGCCGUGCGCUUCAUGGAGGAGAUGGGGGAGUGUGCCUUCGGGAAGAUCUACAAGGGCCACUUGUACCUGCCCGGGAUGGAGCACGCUCAGCAGGUAGCCAUCAAGACGCUGAAGGACCUAUCGAGCCCACAGCUGUGGGGUGAGUUCCAGCAGGAGCUGUCGCGCUUGGCCGAGCUGCAGCACCCCAACGUGGUGUCCCUGCUGGGCGCGGUCACCCAGGAGCAGCCCGUGUGCAUGCUGUUCGAGUUCCUCGGUCAGGGCGACCUGCACGAGUUCCUCAUCAUGCGGUCGCCGCACUCCGACGUGGGCUGCAGCAGCGACGAGGACGGCACCGUCAAGUCCAGCCUGGACCACGGCGACUUUCUGCACCUGGCCACGCAGGUGGCCGCCGGCAUGGAAUAUCUGGCCAGCCACUUCUACGUGCACAAGGACCUGGCCGCCCGCAACAUCCUGGUAGGCGAGCAGCUGCACGUCAAGAUCUCCGACCUGGGACUCUCCCGUGAGAUCUACGCCUCUGACUACUACCGCGUGCAGCCCAAGUCCCUGCUGCCCAUCCGCUGGAUGUCCCCGGAGGCCAUCGCUUACGGCAAGUUCUCCACGGACUCCGACAUCUGGGCCUUCGGUGUGGUGCUGUGGGAGAUCUUCAGCUUUGGCCUGCAGCCCUACUAUGGCUUCAGCAACCAGGAGGUGAUGGAGAUGGUGCGCAAGCGGCAGCUGCUGCCCUGCCCGGAGGACUGCCCUCCCCGUGUGUACGGCCUGAUGACAGAGUGCUGGCAGGAGGGCCCCGCCCGGCGGCCUCGCUUCAAGGACGUCCACGCCCGCCUGCGCGCCUGGGAGGGGCUCUCCUCCCACGCCAGCUCCAGCACGCCCUCAGGGGGCAAUGCCACCACGCAGACCACUUCGCUCAGCGCCAGUCCUGUCAGCAACCUGAGCAACCCUCGCUAUGCCAGUUACAUCUACCCAGCCCAGGCCCUGCCGCCGGGUCAGAUCGCCGGCUUUGUGGCGGCGGCCCUGCCCCAGAGCCAGAGGUUCAUCCCAGUCAACGGGUACCCCAUCCCGCCGGGCUACGCCGCCUUCCCGGCCGCCCAUUUCCAACCGCAUGGCCCUCCUCGGCUGGCACCGCACUGCCCUCCGCCGAAGAGCCGCUCGCCGAGCAGCGCCAGCGGCUCCACCAGCACAGGCCACGUGACGAGCAUACCCUCCACGGGCUCCAACCACGAUGCCAACACCCCACUCCUGUCCCACUGCAUGGCCCUGACUGGCAUGGCCCCUGGGGUGGCGUCCGGCGAGGUGGUGCCCGUCUUUGGCCACAUCAGCCAAAAGGCCCUGCAGAUGGACCCCGCUCAGGCCGCGCUGCUGACGGACUCCAGCAGACACGUAUACAGCGACACGUGCGCGUCCAUCAUAACUGCCGACCUGUAAAUACGUGGAAUAAUGAUAUGAAAUUGUCGUUAUUACCUUUAAUUAUUAUUAUUAUUGUUAUUAUUAUUACGGACUUUUCCUGUAAAUACAAAUGCUGAAUAUACACAAAGAUCUAUAUUUCAAAAUUUCAAGCAAAGAAAAAGUUUCGAAGAGAAGUUUGCCUUAUCGCGCAUUCUGCAGUCCCUGGGGCCUUGAGAGACGCUUCCCGUGAAAAUGCAGCUGAUUCUCUUCACCGCUCUGAUAUCGCUGCCUUUGAACGUACUUUUAAUUAUGCGGUGGAAUUUUGAUUUCCCUUAUUUCGAUGACGGAAACGUUACCGUGAAUUCUUCCGAAACGUAUGGAAUGUAAAGGUUACCGUUAAAGAAGCUCGUUCGUUCCUGCCGUGUCACGUCUAACGGUGCGUACAGAUACUGCGAGGCACGUGCGGCGUACAGAAACAAAGGAAAUCUUUAAAUGAUGUCGCCGAAAGGAGAAAACGCAUGUAAUUGUGAUCAAUAAGCCAUUUAUUAGUCUUCCAGCUGCCGGUCUUCUUUCUGUAUUCAGCUCCUAUGCAAUGUGUUUUUUACAAAAUAGUUGUUUUUUUUUUUCCUUCUGCCCACUGUUCAGGAUCAAUCCAAUAAUGUAUGAUCAUGUAGAAAAGCUUAUUUUAGAUCAUGUAGUAGCAUAACCUUCUUAUUUUGGAUUUUCGUAGGACUGGACUAAAAUGCUUUAGGUAUGAUACAGGGACAUUGCAAAUAUUUUGAACCAUUUACUGCGGGUCCUUUUAUAUAAACGAGAGGAUUCAUGUAAGCAGCUAUGUUUUUCUGUUUGAAUGUUUUUGUUGCUAUGCAACUAUUAAACGCAGCGCUCUUCACCUGUAAAGUAGACAAUCAUCGGUGCAGCCAUUUGUUGACGUAAAUCUGAAAUGAAGGUGAAAAUGUUCACAGGUUUAGUCCGGAGUAUCUGGACCCGUUUACUGUGACGGUGGAAUGUGUAACGUGAUCAAGCACCUGUCCUUCAACUUUUUAAAAAAAUUUUUUAAUGAAAAUUUCAUGUGUGAUGCUUUAAUAAGAACAAUUGUACCUACCUAGGUAUCUGAAGUUUUCUACAGGUAUCCUCUGCUCGUGUGUGUGGCGGCUGUUCAGAACCACUUUGACACCAGACUGUGAAUCUUUGUACUCGAUAUUUUGCCUUCUGCAAAAUUUUCUCACUCUUUUUUAGGGUAGUUCAAUGAUUUUGUAACAUUCGGUUUACAAAUAGCGAAAGGUUUACGAUUUCCAUACUUUGUUGAUCAGCAGACUUUGUUUUUGUAUUCGUCAGAGGAUAUUUGCACAAGUGUUUUGUAUUGGAAAAUGACCAGGAUUAAAUUACUUUGUUCUG